CUUCUCUUCUCAACAUUGACAGGUCUGCGACGCUUCUGCCAAGUCUUUACGAUCAGUCCUACUUGCCUUGAGAUUCCCUUCGAGCCUUCGCAAAAAUGUCUCGAGGACUGCAUCUCGCUGCGAGCAUUCACAUACUCGUCAUUGCUGUUCUUCUCGGCACAAGAUCUGCCCACGCCAUGCAGACGCCCCCUACGCCGGACACGCGGGUCUCGAAAGCAAAACCCGACGCUGCUGCUGCUGCUGCUGCUGCUGCUACGCCUUCCUGGUCGUCGAUUUGGAAAAGGGCGCCACUCCUUUCGAGCCUUGCCAAAAAAGUUCUCAUCAAGCAGGAAGAAAAAGCAUCAGCGACGACGACGACUUGGCGAGGAGGUAAUUUGAGUUGCCUAGGCUGUGGCAAGACGGACUUUAGCGAUCCAGGACCUUCGCCACCUCGCAGAGGCUCGCCGGUGACGGAGUACAGCAUCAGCUCUGACAGCCUAUCGAGCUACGCUUACAAAAAAGCCGAGCAUGACAGCAUGGGCGAUCUGAAAGAGUCGGUUCGAGCGCACAAACAGGCACAAAAGCUCAAAGGAUCGACGCUCCAGUCCGAAUCUUCUGGCUUCCUCGCAGCAGCAGCAGCAGCAGCAGCAGCAGGUCCCAGGCCAAGCAAAGCAGCCAGCACGCGAUGGUAAGCGUCGAGCGCGGGGCGGCGCCUUUCAAAGACGGCU